GACAGGCUUCGGCGUCUCUAGCUCGUCCAUAUCCGCGUGAAGCGCAGCCUGCGAUGCUCGAAAGUCGCACCACAUCGUCGGCGGUGCCACACCUUCGCUUCCGACGGCUGAUCGUGAUGGCGGGCUGCUGCUUCGGCGGGCGCAGCAGCUCCGUCCCCCGCAAGCACACGCGUGUGUCAAGAGAGCGCAUACGUCACUACGCGCGGCAUGGCCCAGAGAUGCAGGCUUGGCCGUCUCCGCCCUCCGCACCUGAUCCGCGGCAGGGCAGCUGAUGCGCACGCAGCACGCCGCUGCUUCCAUCGCCGCUGCAGCUGGCAAAAUGCUCCGCUGCCUCGCGCUGGACGCUCUCGAUGGAAUGCCCGAGCGAAGACGUACCCGCGAAGCGUCAGCGGGCGAUUGGCGGCUCAAGACGCCGUCCGGGGCGCUAUCAACCGGCCGCAACCGAGCCGCUCGGUGCAGAUCUGCACUGCUGCUGCGGCUGUGGCUCGCUCUCCGGCGCGCUUGGGAGCGGUUGGGCCGCGCGCGUCUCACGAUGGCGGAGCCGCGAUGCGUGUGCCUGAGCCGGGAAGUCCGACAGGGCGAGGGAGCGCUGCCGGGGUGCUUCUGCCCUCACAAGGUCGUGCAUCUGCGGUGACCGAGAAGUGGGUGCUCUGAGAGGCAGAUCGCAUCACCACCUCUCUUUCUGCUGCGGUGCGGUGCUGGCUCCCUCGCCUUGCCGCAGCAUAGGAGACGGCAGAGAAGGCACAGUGCGGCAGGCUGAGUGGCCCCUACAGGAGUCAAGUGCCUCUUCGCGGCC